AUGUCCGACAAUGGGGAUUUGGCCGAUUCGGCCUACGAGAUGAUUGGCAACCACUCUGAAUUCAGCAGUCCCUUCGGUAGUCAAGAUGACGCUUUGUCUGAGAGCAUCAGCUCUCUGCCCCCACACCCUUCCGACGAUGUUCGCAGUUUAGAUGGUUCGGAGGACCGAUUCACGACCGAGUCAGAUGAGGAACGAGAGGAAGAAGACGAACCAACCGACACGGACGGUGCCGAGGAAAUGAGUUCCUCUCGUGCUUCCUCCAUCAGAUACACGGAUCAAGCGCUACAGUCCCCAUCGACAAAUCUUCCGGCAAACCCCUUGCAUUAUGGCUCGGUGAGCUCCAUUCCCGAUACGUCAAAGUCCAUCGAAUUUCAGGAAGCAGCCAGCGACACUGUUGACAGUUCACCCGUCUUCGUUAAGCAUGCGAUCAAAGAGUUGGCGGACGAAGAGGCCAAGGCGCUGAGCAAGUCUCUGGAGAUCAGCGAACCACCCCGGUCUCUGUCGGUUUCUCUGCGCCAGACAAUGUCACAAGCCUGCCUUUCUACCGAGGAGCCUUUGCGAGUUCUAUAUACAGGUUCGGCAGCAGCGCAGAGGGACAUCUUGCUCAAAGUUUCGUCAGCUAUCUGGGUCUCACCAAAGGACGGCCAUAAGGAGGACGGCCAAUUCAUGAGGCAUCGGGAAGGAGUUUACAACAUUGUGCCGAUCUCCUCGUUUGGAUCUGCUCCAGAACUGGACCUUAUGGAAGCUUCAAGUUACCAAAUCAAAGUUGAGCAUUGCACCUCAGCUACUGUGUCACCGCUGAGAGAUGGACCCGUACAUGGGCCCGAUACGGUUUACUCAGUUACCAUUGAGCACGAGCGGACUUACACUUCUUGCCCCUCGCGCUUCGGCCCAGCCGUCCUUGAUCCUCAUUGGGACGUCCCUCACCUUGCCAUUUUCUACUGCUCAGAAAACGCGGAAGAGGAAGAUCAGAAGACCAGACAGGCCGCGUGGGGAUUCACCAAACGCCAUGGCAUUCCAUCCAUCUUCAUCUCCGAGCAUCUGCGCAUCGACAAGCAGGCUGUUGCUUACUGGAGCAAGUAUCUCAACAAGCAUGCGAUCCACAUCUCCCUCGAAUCCAGCGAUCCCACCAAGACGAUGGUUCCUCGACUACUGCCUGUCGAUCUGGAAUCUUUCGGGAACAUCAAUGCUUGGCAGAUGAACCGCAAUAUUGCCUAUCUGACGGGCCUAUCCGAUACAAAAGGGCCUGGAAAGCAGCACGAGUCAGCUACGAAAGUUAACAAGUGGUGGCAGAACGUGACGCCCUCGGGGAUGUCCCGGAAUCAAGUCAUCGAGGCAAUCGGAUGGAAGAGAUGGCUCUUCACCUUGCUUCUCCCGCUAUUUGGGGCACUUUUGGGCUUCUUUUCGGGAUACUCGGAACUUCUUCCAGUGCAGCACCUUCAGUCAUCGCGGGCGUCGCAAGCUCCGGCGGUCAUCGAGACGACUCCGGUACUCCCCUCUACCGUUUCUGUCAAGAUCACGCAUACCUCUACGGCAACAGUCGUGGUCAAUAUUACAUCCACCAAGACGGUCCAAGCCACUCCUUCGACAAAGCCAUCAGCUAGUAGCUUGGCCUCUGCUCUAUCCUACGCUGGUCUGCUCUUGGAUCGGUCCUCCGACACCUCAGUUGAGUCCCAACCUCAGAAAACGGAUUGCUCAGUGCGGGUGAGCAGCCCGAAUGAAUUGCUGGUCGUGAUACCCUCCAGCAGCAAGGCAAUGUGGCUGGCAAAAGGUGCAAUCGACAUCAAUGUAUAUCAGGGAGAGGAGCGACUCAAGACAAAACUUUCUUCUGUGGAUGAAGGUAUUCUGGUCGAAUUGCCGUUUAAGCAGGCUCAAGGACGCUUCAACGUUUCCGUUGUCAGCAACCGCAGACCGAAGAUGAACGAGACCUUUGAGGUUGACUUUGGCAAGGAUCCCAUCAUCGAAGUGUUCGAGGCAAGCAAGCUGCUGCUGCAGGACUUUACCAGUGUUCUUUUCGCUGUGAAAAGGGAAGCGGUGCACAUUGGAUCGUCUCGGCUUGCCGAAACGCGCGAUGCGGCUAGGAAGUCUUACAAGGAGGUGGCUAAGAAGGUCAAGGAUACCGUGUCGACACGAGAUAUUGCGAAGUUAAGGAAGAAGAUGGACCAGGGAGUUCACCAACUCGAAGUGUCCGUUGUCAAGGCGCAAAUCAAGUCCAAGCUGGUAUGGCUCAAGUUGCGGGGAACGCGCGAGGAGUACAACGACUAUCUUGCCAACGCAACCCGUUUUCUUCAGGAGUUUGAGGCGAUGCACCAAGAGAAGACGAAGGAGUCACACGAAGAAACCGUGUCAGAUGGACCGUACGGAUUUCUGGGAAGGCUCCGCGGACUGAAGGAUAAGAAGGGGAACAAGGGCGCGGACAUGCUGUGGAGGCUGAUGGCAUGA